GAAGCCCGAGCCCUGACCGACGGGCAGGCGGGUGCUGCGGCGGCGCCGGUGAGUGACCCGCGGCCCGAGUUGGUCCCCACCCUCUGCGACCCUCACUCUUUCAGGAGUCCCGCAUAGCCUGCAUUUCCUCUCCUAAUCCCAGACUCCCAUUACCCCCAGAACUCCCUGUAAUUUCUGCCGAUCCGCAGAGCCCCCACAAUCCCCGCAGACCCUAAUAUUUAGGGUCUAGAAGUGCCCACCUCACCAUUAUUCCUGCACGUCCCCUCUGAAGACCUUUUCUCAUAACGGUCUUACAGAGGUCCCACUGCCCCAGAACCCCCAGAGCGCUCCUCAGCUCCAGAUCCUUCCCCCUUCUUGCUGCAUCUCCCCUUCAGCAUCUCCUUAUCCCCGUCACCCCCAGGUUUCUUCGACCCCCGAGACACUCCCAUUCCCCAUCAUUUCCCAUUCUUCUCUGUCCCCAUUCUUCUGUAACUCCUGCAGACAUCCCCUCUUUUUCCUGGUUUCCCUCCACCCCUUCAGACCCUCCCCCAAUUUCCAUCAACUCUUCCGCGUGGCACUUUGCGCCGCGGAAGGCACUGAGGUGGUUAGGCACAGCGGAUGACAGUUAUUAUUAGGCACUCGGACUGCCCCACGCAGCCUGUCGCCCCCGUCCGCCCUCCGCCCCCAUCCCCGGCCCCCGGGACUUAAGAGCCGGCGUCGCGGCAGCCGGGGUGGGGCGGGCGGCGCGGGGACGCCGAGCCCCCGCCAGCGCCGUGCGCCCUGUGCCCACAGCGCCGGCGCCCCCCAUGCGCCAGGCGACCGGACGGCGGCGUCGGGGGGCGCCAUGGCCUCGGCGGCGGCGGGCGAAGCGGAAGAGACCACCCGGCUGCGCAAGCCGCGCUUCUCGUUCGAAGAAAACCAGAUCUUGAUUCGGGAGGUGCGCGCCCACUACCCGCAGCUCUACGGCGCGCAGAGCCGUCGGGUGAGCGUGGCGGAGCGGCGGCGUGUGUGGGACAGCAUCGCCACCAAGAUCAACGGCAUCACCAGUUGGAAGCGCACUGGCCAAGAGGUACAAAAGCGCUGGAACGACUUCAAGCGCCGCACCAAGGAGAAGCUGGCCCGCGUGCCGCACUCCACGCAGGGCGCCGGGCCUGCCGCCGAGGACGCCUUCUCCGCUGAGGAGGAGACCAUUUUUGCCAUCCUCGGGCCGGGUGUGGCGGGGCCGGGAGCUGGUGGAGGGGCGGAGCAACCCCCCGCGGCUGCCUCCUCAAAGCCACCGGCCCCAAGUGCCUGUGCCCAACGCUAUGUGUUGUCCGAGGACCGCAGGGAAGACCGACGGGCAGAGACACUGGCCCACAGCAAGGCAGUCUCCAGCAGCCCAGAGCCCUGGGCCCGGCCCUCCUGCAAUCCCCAGGAAGGGGGCUGCCCACCACCCAAGGAGCGUGAGUCCUCGCCCCCUCCAGCCCUGCAGACCGUCCAGCUGCCCCGUCUGGCCUUGUCUCCACCGCCCCCGGCCCCUCCACCCCCACCACCCCAGCAGGUCCAAGUGGCACCCUCAUGCCCCAGCCCCCCACCCCCUCCAUUACCUCCACCCAUGCCUUCGGCCUCAGACCCCUCCCUGGACUUCCUUCGGGCACAGCAGGAGACUGCCAACGCCAUCCGGGAGCUGGCUGGCACCCUGCGGCAGGGACUAACCAAACUGAGCGAGGCCCUCAGUGCCUUGCUACCCCUUCUGCCGGGAACCCCAGUCGACCCGCUGCCCCCACCUCUGCCCCCACCCCCACCUCCACCCCCCAGGCCCAUCCUGCCUCCACCCACCCCCAAGGUGGAGAUCACCCCAGAGCCUGUGUCGGUGAUGGCUGCUGUAGUGGACCGCGCCAUGGUGGCAGCCAGGGGGGUGAUCAUCGCCCCAAGGAGUGAGGAGGGGACUCCCCGGCCACCCCCAGUCCCCUUUCUUCCCCAUGACUCCCCGCCACACAAGAGGAGGAAAGGUUUUCCUACACGGAAGAGGCGGGGGCGAUGGAAAUCUCCGUGACUCUGCCAUUGGGUUCCGAGCUUGUCUUUGCUCCUUCUGUCUGCACCUCCGCUCCCAGCUUAGCCCAGCAGAGGAGGGCCACGCACCUUCCCCAUGCCAGCUGCACCCUGGCUUCCUGCUGCAGGGCGUGAGCACCCCACUCCCUGUACUAGUUAGUGCCUGAUUCGCAGGGCGGCCUUGUUGAUGGGCCCCCCAGCCCUUUCUCCAGUACAGCGCUGUCUGCCUGGCUGCUUCCCUUAACCCUGACUUCUAAGCCAUCAAUUUUAUGUUAUUUAUUAUCGCCCUUUGUGGGUUGUGGAGGGAAUCUGGUGGGUCUGUACAUACCCCGUUCCCUAACCACUCUUGAUCUUGAAGAGAAUUGACUUGUGGGGGCCUCCUCACCUUCCCAACCCAGACUUUGGAGGGAGUGGGGGUUGCGAGACAAAUCAGAAUAUGGAUGACAAUGAGGAUACAGCAGUCUGGACCCUAGGGAAGGGGGGUCAGGUUCUCAUUGGGGAGGUGUAGGUUGGGCCCUCUGCCUCCCAUUGCAGUCUCUGACCUCCAGAGCUCAACCCCCUCCUUUCUCAGUGGUGACAAGAUAUCAAUAAACUUAUUUUUAAUACAAUUACUCUGGGCUCUGGCUGAGACAGGCCUGGGAUUCCAGCACCUACACCUUCCCCACCCCUCCAUGGGCAGGUGACACCCCUUGAAAUUGGAGGCUGGUGGUUUUCCAGCCUUUUUUUUUCCUUCUUCUUUAAAACCAUCAAGUGGUGUUCAAAUCUUAUUCCUACUUACUCAUCCUUCAGAUACCACCGAAAUGUCAUCUCCAGGAAAAUAUCCUGGAUUCCCUCCCCAGGCUAGGAUGGGUCUGCUUCUUAGAUUCUCUGUGUUCUGGGGUUCUUUUUCAUAAUGUCCCCAAAUAAAGAAGUGCCUUUGUUUAAGGCAUGUUUCCUCCAUAGUUCAUGAAGGCAGGGGCUGGUUCUCUUAACUCCCAAACGUGCUUCAGGGCCUGGAGCAAAGUAGAUAAUCAGCACCCUAGACUCAGAACUGGCUCAGCCCCUCGUGCUGCCCUUGCCAGCUGUGACCACAGGCCUCUAUUUCCCUCAUCUGCAAAGGGGGCAUGUUUUGGUUUAGGAGUCUACUCUUACAACUAGUUUCUAUUUAUCUUUUCAGUUCUCAGUUCAAAUGUCACCUCCUCAGGAAAACCUUUACUGAUACACACACACACACACACACACAC